AUGGCUCGACGAAAUGUACAGUGGACCGCGUCGCUGCUCUGCGUGUUCCUCUUUGCCGGCUCAGCCCUCGGUCUCGAGAAUGACUUUAGCUUUUACCCCAAGGGCGCGCAGAGCUGUCUCACCCAGGCAGCAAACCAGUCGAAAUGUUCAGGAAGUGACGCAGCUGCCAUGAACACCUGCCUUUGUGGCAAUGGGGGGAACUUCAUCACCAAUGCCGCCGCGUGUAUUGGAAAGAACUCGUCCGGCGAUGUCAAGGACACCUACGACGUAAUGCAGAAGGCCUGCUCGACCUCAGGCACCCCCAUGGAGGUCAGCCAGGCCGACUUCAUGUCUGCAGCAUCUGGAACCACAACCACCAAGACGACCUCGACGACAAAGACAACUUCAUCCUCGACCAAAACGGCAACUUCUACUGAUGCUGCCACCACAACAACCAGCGCCCAAGCAACCGCUACUACCACCUCACCAGCCGAAUCAUCCUCAAGUUCUAGCGAUAAGGGAGGUCUGUCCCAGGGUGCGACCAUUGGUAUCAGUGUCGGUGCUUCUGUUGGGGGCGUCGCCAUCAUUGCAAUCAUCGCCUUCAUCCUCUUCCGUCGCUACCGUCGCCGUGGCCCUGAGUCGGACCCCAUGCUUCCAACCCGCACCAACAUGCCGACGGCCUAUCCAGAAGGGGGAUUUGCUAGCUACAAUGACUUCAAGUCUCAAACUCACAGCCCGGCCCCUACUGCGCCAACUUCAAUCGCGACCCCCGCCUCGUGGGUUACUCCUUCGACGCCGUCAUUCCAGGGCCAACCGCACCCGGCAUACGCACAGCACGGAGGAUAUGCGCAACAUCAACCUCCGGUGGCAGAGCUGGCAUCGGAUGCGUUGCCUGGGAACACCACAUUUUCGGCAGUGGAAAUGCCCGGAUCAAUUCCUCAGGGACGGAGGUGA